CAAAGUACAAUACAACCGUCGCUAUCUGCGGCUAUCAACACUUUAUCUUCAAAACUUAUCUUGCUUGGAGUGACUAAAUGUUGAUAUCCAACAUAAAACAUAACGUUAUGCGUUAUUCUGGUCCAUUUUUUUACCGAACAUCCAACCAGCGUGGCGAUAAUAAACUCCCAUUUUUCUCUUUUCUCCGGUGUCAUAACAAUUUCAUCUAACCUCUGACCCGUGGGAAAAUCAGGUCAUCAUGUGACUGACAAGCGAUUGUUCACACAGACCCACACAGACCCACUAACGCCUUACCCUGGGUGCGAGGAGUUCAAAAUACGUUGACACAAGCAAGCGCCGUUGAGGGAGGUCAGUGUCGGUGCACAGGCGCUGUCGUGUGACCGCAGAGACGUUUUCUGUUCAGCAUCGCAGAGAAACAUGAUCAAGUCGACAACAUUACCAGUGCCUCCCCGGAGGGUGAUGAGAUACAUCCUCUACAGCGUCAUAGGAAUCGUCGUCGUCACCCUGGUCUACAGAAGCAUCGGCGACAACCUGCCAGAGAAGAUGCGCCAUGCUGUGCAGAUCGCCUCGGAAAAGACAUCCAGGGGAUGCCGCCUGGACAGCGUCGUGUAUCCCCCAGUCAUCCCCAUCCACGCGCCGCUUCCAGUCAAAGUAGAGGUCACCGGCAUACAUGGUCGUCACGCUCCUCGGGCGGAGGCAACGAUUUUAGCCAAACUUAAGGGCGCUGAAGGCAUCGGAUCUGAAUUCAUCUUGUAUUACGGCAUCGGUUCUGUUGUCCUGGCCUUACCCAAGCCCGGAGUUUGGGUAGUGUCCGUAAAAGUGGACAAGUACAUCGCACAGGACUCUGCCGAGGACGGCGAGGCGGAGAUGUGCUCGCGCACUUUCUCAGUACAGGCAGUACACCUCCGUCAAACGAACAUUCCAGUCAGAAAAGUUUCAGAAGCUUCUCUUCGCGUGGAUAAAAAUAAAAACGUUGUUUGGUCGAAUGGCAUCAUGGUCAUCGAAGGGAGCCCGAGGAUCCCAGAAGACGUAACGUUGACCGUGAAACCAGGUGUGGUCAUCCUCAUGACCCCAGGGUCACGUCUUGACGUCAUCGGUCGGGUGAAUAUGGGGAGAGAGGGGGGCGAUCCGGUCCUCUUCACAGCAAUGCCGGACGGAGAGGGAAAGGUAAUGCCGUGGGACCAGGUCACAUUUCAUCGUGGUUCCAAGGGCGACCUUCACAACACCUGGCUAACACACGGCGGCAGCACGAAGAGCCCCAACUUUGGCAGUCUGGACACGACGCCGGUAGUUCAUGUCCAGAAAGAUGCCGCCGUAAGUUUUCACGGAGGGGGCCUGGUAGACAACGUUGGCGAGGCCAUCAGAGGAGACGUUUGUCGCAUUGCCAUACAGGGGACGGUCAUCGCAAGGUGUGCAGGGGGUGGUUCGGCAAGAGAGGCUGUGGUUACCAUGGAGAAUGUCCACGUCACUGAGAUUAGUCUGGAUCAGAGAAUCAUGGCAGAUUUCACAAAAGACGCGUUCUCCUUCUUCUCUCCUCGAACAAUCGCUAAUCCGUCCGACGUUUCGGUGAUUUCUAACAGCGUCUUCGCGGUUGGAGGCGGUCUGGGUAUAACCAUAAGGGCUCUAACUUCGUCGUGCAGUCAACAAUCAUCGAGAACUUUCACCGGGCUUGCGUUCUGACGUCAGGCGAGAAGAGCCAGGUCACUUUGAAGAAUAUGAUCAUUCGGAACUGCGCGAUCGGACUGCGUGUUGGGUACGGUAAGAUGAAUGUAACACUGGACAACUCCGUGAUAGUUAACAACAAAGUCGGCGUCUGGUACGGAGAAGACGGCGUAGAUAACAUGGGUACCUUAGACAUCCACAAUGUUCUAGCCAUAGGAAACUCGGAGAAAAACCUCAAGGUUUACAGCGACGGGGUGGAGCGCACCAACACCGACCGGGGGUCUGACAACGUGCGACUGCGGUGCUUUUUCGUGAACACCGAGUCGACGAAACGUACGCCGAAAUCCAAGUUUUCCCUGCCCCAACGAAUGCCAGAGAAGCCCUGCCGACAACCCGACAUCUAUCUGGACCACACAGAAUGUCAGAUCAACGUGGAGGUGCCGCGAGCCGAAUGUCUGUGGGCAGACUACAGCCCGGAACCGCUGGUGGACGCUCGCCUGGAGAGGAUAGACCUCUGUUCGAACUGCUGUGAGGAGACGACACAGGAACUGACGUUCGGGAGCUACGACCACUGGCGCCUGAAGGACAUAAAUGAUCUGAAGGACGCGUCUAUCAGCACGGAGGGUAGCGCGCCGGGGGCGGAGUGCGGACUUUCCUUCUCCGCAGACUUCUUCCAGUACACGGACAGCCAAUGUUUGAAAAGUAAGAUCCGUAUCAAGUCGGUCUUCAGCAACAUAUCCCACAACCAGGCAGAAAGUCAUUUGAGAGAGCUGAAAACCUACUACUUCGACCGGGUCCUACAGUUUCAUCUGACUCCGCCGUCUUUUGGACUCAUGCUCGACUUUUCGCACAUCCUAGAUUCCAAUGCCUCCGCCUUCAUUGACAAAACCAUGAGUUGUGGCUUGAGCGACAAUGACGGCAAUCAGGUGUCCUCGUUCGUCACCGCAUGGGUGCCUGAUAUCGGGAUGUACAUGAAGUUAUCUGUGCAGUUAGCAGAUUUAGUCCACCCGAAGAACUUCUACCCUUACGUGGUAUUUCUGUACCUGUCCAACUGCAUGAAAUCCGGACACUCCCACUUUGCCAGUAAAGAGACUUUCGAUUACCUUCUCAUCGACAACGAUCGGUGUUUCGUGCCGGAGAGAGUCACGGCCCUGAACUUUACUUUUCACUACCGGAAACGGCUACUCGUACUGACGGACACGUUAUUCUCUGGGACACACGUCUGCGACGUGCCAACAGAUAUAAUCAAUAAGUUCAAACAUGCCAACGCCAUAUCAUCAAAAGUGCCAAGUUUAGGAAGUCAGCUCAGAGAAGAAGUUGUGAAAGACGAGGAAAUGGGGCCGCUGAUAUUGAAGGAAAACCCAGAGAUAUACGAAGAAAUCGAUGGUCGCGUGUCCACCCUGUUAGCUCACUACCACAGGACUUGUGACGAAUACAACGCAGACAAAUACAAUCCUAUCCUGACAAAGGUUUAUAAGACAGGGACAAUCCAGUACGCGUACAUGGUCCAGGGAAGGGACUACAUGAUCGCCAAAUUCGAGGAUGACCACAUCGGUUACCUGAAAGCCGUGGGAACGUCAGCGCGGCAGCACAUCGGAGGCGAAAUCAUGAACGGUGGCUUUGCCGAGCUCGUGGCAUACCACAUUGAUCGCCUGAUGGAGCUCGGCCGUACCCCGGUUGUCGCUUCCCGUCGCCUGUUUCUCGACAACUCUAUCCUCCUCAAAGGUAUAAUCGAACCGGAUGGCGACCUUCUACACGACUACACGUCAAAUAAGUUCACGUUGGAGAAGUUCCUGUCGGAAGUUAAAAACGGGGACAAAGAUGUGGAUAAGACAAUCCAGUGGGUCGCAAACCAGAUGAAAACGGUGGACGGAGCUCCGUUCUUGGACAUUGUGGUUGUUGGGAGAGUCAAGUCCCUACGAGUUGAUAUAGACUUGAACCCUAAGAUAAAGGACUUUCUAGCGCACCGCAUCUCCUUCAAUGACCUUGAAGACGCGGGCGUGACGCGUCAGAUGACGUGGGAUCUCACUAACACCAUCGUGUUCGAUUUCCUAACGCACAACCCGCAGCGCACCGCCCUGGCGACGUCGGAACUGCGUCACGUCAUCUACGACAACAGACCCGCGUUCUCCCCGUCCAUUCCGACCGCGGUUUGUGACUCUAUCCUGCGCUGCCAUCCGGCACUAUACAACAAGCCCCCCUCCCCCAACCCCCACGGUCCAAUCGCCUGCCCUGCGGCAUGUUGGCGAGAAGAAGACGACCUGGCUGGAAACUGUAAAUUUAGGAAACACGUCUUGGAUCGCUUUUACAACUAUGAGACAAACACGUCCAGAGUCGACGAAUUUGUGAAUUCUCUGAAGAAAGCCUUGGCUAAGGAAGCUUUGGACGUCCAGUCCAUCGAAAACUAUUUUGGACAGGUAGACUUGUACACCGGACUGCAGGAGAGGAUAUCGUACUUUCUAGGUCACGUGGAGAAAUGUCACAAACAAUAUGGGGACAAUACUAUAAUCUAAUUCUGUUCGUAAACAGCGUCGAAGCGGUGCUAACGUUUUAAACGGUAAUACAUUGUACAUUUGAUCUUUAAAACAAGAUCUGCUCACAUUUUCAAAGGAAUGUCGUGAUGUCGCGUGCGACACUGCGUUUAGAUUAGAGGGACAAUAUAGAAUGCUCGAACUUCCAUUUGGUUGCAGGCCCUACAUACAGAAAAUCACAACAUCGUAGCCAACUUGGUGCAGACAACAGACUGUGUGUUUCAGAAUCUAUCCUUUAUCAUGCAUCUUCGUUGGAAAGUCAAUUCCAGUGUCAUCCUGAAGUAAAUUCAUCAUCCUAUCGAUUUUGGAUGAUUCUCUACUUAUCAUAUUGAUCAUAUUAUGUCAAUUGAUUAGGUCAAUAGCCAUAUCAAGCUGUACAUGGAAUCGCGAGAGUACAAAUUUACUGUCGUUAAAACGAUCUAGGUACCUUAGAAGUGAUGGCUAGUCUAUCUAAUUUUAUUUCAUCUUGAUUUUUUCUAGUUUAGUAUAAUUUGAAUUUAAUUGAGCCGUGUUACAUUACUUUUAGAGAAUCAGCAAUGGCAACGAACGUAGCAAUGCAGUGUCGUAAAAGGGGGUGUUUAGUAUCUUUGAAUGGAUGUUUAGUCUAUUCUACUUUAAUUUCAGUUUAUUCUAUCCAGUCUUGCGUUAUCUAAAUUCAAUUUGAAUGAGCCGUGUUAUGUCACACUAGAGAAUCAAUUUGAAUGAGUCGUGUUAUGUCACACUAGAGAAUCAAUUUGAAUGAGUCGUGUUAUGUCACACUAGAGAAUCAAUUUGAAUGAGUCGUGUUAUGUUACACUAGAGAACUGUCAAUGGUAACGAACGCACAAUGUUGUGAAGUUAGAAAUUUAAUUCUAUUUUAUUUUAUUCUAUUCCAUCUUAUUUAGCCAAGUGUAGUCUAAAUCAAAUAUUACUUGAGUCGUGUUACAUUAUUCUGGAGAAUACAUAAUGGCAAUGAACGGACAAUGUAGUGUUGCGAAAACUACCUUGUAUCUUUAGUCUAGUUAUGUUUUAGUAGGUCUAGUUACUUUAUCUAACCUAGUACACUAUGAAAAAUCUUAUUUUGAUUGGAAUUCAAUUUAAACAAGCUGUGUUAUAUUACUAUAGAGAAACAUCAAUAACAAUACAAAUGUAAUGUCUUUAAAACAACCUAGUACCUUAAAGGGGAUGUUUAGUCCAUUUUAUUUUAUUCUAUAUUUAUCUUAUUCUAUCUUGAAGUUAUUUAGUUUACUGAAGGUUAUAAUUUGAAUGAGCUGCAACUUUAAAAGAAGUACAUUAAAAGGGAUGUUAAGUCUA